UAGUAUACUUCAUUAAAGCUUCAUAGUCAAAUAUAUCCUUCCAGCUUCUAGAGGACGGAAAUGGCGGCAGCACGACUCCACUCAACCACUUCAUUUCUUCUCCUCUCACUCUUCUUAGUCUUGAUUGCUUUCUCCAAUGUCGCCCAAGGAUACAACAGGCUUCGGCCAAAAGAUUGUAAGCCGAGAUGCACUUACCGUUGCUCGGCGACGUCGCAUAAGAAGCCGUGCAUGUUCUUCUGCCAGAAAUGCUGCGCUACCUGCCUCUGCGUUCCUCCGGGGACUUACGGCAACAAGCAGACCUGUCCUUGCUACAAUAACUGGAAGACUCAGGAAGGCCGUCCAAAAUGCCCUUGAUUUGAAUCAUCUAUAAUCUAUUCCACCCCAUUCUAGCUAAUAUACCCGGCCGCCGCAGCCGCCGCUUAUACUAUACCUAUUAUUAUAUGUCUAAGCUUCAUCUGGAUCGGAUCGGAUCGGAUUAUUGUUUGUUUCACUGUAUCCGAUCAAUGUAUGCUUGAAUUCUGUUAACCCUGUUGAUCUAGUAGUAUUGUUCCAUAGUGUCAUGUUUUGUAUGCUUGGCAGUUGUUGCCACAUUGCACUCGAGCGACUUUCCAUGAUUUCGAAUUUGCUUUUCCAUAAAGUUCAGGGAAAAAGGCAAAAGUUAUGGAUGAAUAGUUUUAUUUGUUUGUUUUUCUAAUAAAAACAAAAAUAUGAAGUUGCUUCAUAA